AUGGAAAAAGCUGUGAUACACUUCAUCAUCCUGGGAGUCAUCUCAGGUUUAACUGAAGGAGCUGGUGUGCUGCCAGACGGUCUGAAUGCAGCUGUGGGAGGGAAAGUGAUGUUCACCACAACACUAACUCCAGAAACACCAUUUCAAUCAGUGAACUGGAAAUUUGCUGAUAGAAAGAAUGUAUUUUCUUUCAGUGGUAGCAACUACACUGGACCAGAGUAUGAAGGCAGGAUCACCUUCUUCAUGUCUACUGGAUCUCUUGAGCUCAGGAACCUGACUCUAACUGACAGAGGAGAAUACUCAGUUACCAUUUUAAUACCUGGAGCACCGCCACAGUCAGGGACCACAAGACUGAACGUAUACGAGCCAGUCUCCAAUGUAAUGGUAACCUCCAGCAGCACAGAGCUGGUGGAGUUCAGCUCCGUCAGUCUGUCCUGCUCCUCCUCUGGAUCCUCUCUCUCUUUCCUCUGGCUGAACAGCAGCUCUGAGGUUACAGGAAGUGACAGAGUUCAGAUCACUGAUGGAGGAUUCACUUUAACUAUAAAUAAUGUGACGCGCUACGACCAGGGACCAUUCAGGUGUCGUGUUUCUAAUCCUGUCAGUGAGGGAACCAGUGAUCCAGUAAACCUCACCAUCUACUAUGGUCCAGAAAAAACGCAUUUGACAAUAUCUCAGCCACAAAAAUAUUAUGAGAACGGGUCAGACAUCAGCAUGAACUGCUCAGCUGACUCCAGACCUUCUGCUGUAUUUAAGUGGUUUCUGAAUGGAGCCCAGCUGUCUGAUACUGGAUCAGAUCUCAGUCUGAUGAACGUUCAGAUCAGUUUAACUGAAGGAGCUGGUGUGCUGCCAGACGGUCUGAAUGCAGCUGUGGGAGGGAAAGUGAUGUUCACCACAACACUGACUCCAGGAACACCAUUUCAAUCAGUGAACUGGAAAUUUGGUGCUAAAGAUAUAUUUACUUGGAAUGUUAACAACUUCCCUGCACCAGAGUAUGAAGACAGGGUCACUUUUAUCAUGUCUACUGGAUCUCUGGAGCUCAGGAACCUGUCUCUAACUGACAGUGGAGAAUACUCAGUAACCAUUUUACUACCUGGAGAACGACCACAGUCAGGGACCACAAUACUGAACAUAAAAGAGCCAGUCUCCAAUGUAACAGUAACCCCCAGCAGCACAGAGCAGGUGGAGUUCAGCUCCGUCAGUCUGUCCUGCUCCUCCUCUGGAUCCCCUCUCUCUUUCCUCUGGCUGAACAGCAGCUCUGAGGUUACAGGAAGUGACAGAGUUCAGAUCACUGAUGGAGGAUCCACUUUAACUAUAAAUAAUGUGACGCGCUACGACCAGGGACCAUUCAGCUGUCAGGUGACGAAUCUUGUCAGUGAGGGAACCAGUGAUCCACUAAACCUACUCAUCAUCUUCGGGCCAGAAAAUAUAAAUCUGAUAAUAUCUCCGUCACAAGAAUACUAUGACGAAGGAUCAGACAUCAUCCUGACGUGCUCAGCUGACUCUGGACCUCCUGCCUUUGUUCAGUGGUUUCUGAACGGAGACCUGAUGUCUGAUACUGGAUCAGAUCUCAGUCUGAUGAACGUUCAUAUGAGUCAGAGUGGGAACUACAGCUGUCAGGCCUUCAACAACAAAACUCUGAUGACUCAAACAUCUCAGACUGUAGCUGUCUCUGUACGAAAAUCACCAGUCUCCAAUGUAACAGUAACCUCCAGCAGCACAGGGCUGGUGGAGUUCAACAGCUCCGUCAGUCUGUCCUGCUCCUCCUCUGGAUCUUUCCCCUCUUUCCUCUGGCUGAACAGCAGCUCUGAGGUUACAGGAAGUGACAGAGUUCAGAUCACUGAUGGAGGAUCCACUUUAACUAUAGUUAAUGUGACCCGCUACGACCAGGGACCAUUCAGGUGUCAUGUGUUCAAUCUUUUCAGUGAGGGAAACAGUGCUCCACUAGACCUCACCAUCUACUAUGGCCCAGAAAAUACUAUUUUGACAAAAUAUCCGACAAAAGAGCACCAUCAGGAAGGAUCAGACAUCAGCCUGUCCUGCUCAGCUGACUCCGGACCUCCUGCCCAGUUUAAGUGGUUUCUGAAUGGAGACCUGCUGUCUGAUGGACCAGAGCUCAAACUGAUGAACGUUCAGCAAAACCAAAGAGGAAACUACAGCUGUCAGGCCUUUAACGACAACACUCUGAGAUAUGAGACGUCUCAGCCUUCAGUUGUUUCUGUGGCACCACCAGGCUGUUCGGGUGGUUGCAUCGCUGGAAUAGUAAUCGCUGUUUUAGUCGUCAUUGGAGCUGUCGGUGGAGGGUACUACGUUUAUAACACAAAGUAA